GGCAUUUUCGAACCAUGAAAAGGUGGCUGUAAAAUAUUGUUAGUAAUUUUAUAAAAACAUUAACUAAAUUUAUUCAAAAUUUAAAUAUAAAUAUCUUUUUCUGUACCUUAUAGCUGAUCCAAACUUACGAAAUCUGACAGUCUGUAAACGAGCUUUGCCAUCAUGAUCAUACGAAUGAUGUACGUUUUACCAAUGAUUCUUGGGCGAACCUAUGAUAUUGAGAGAAAAACAGUGGGCGUAGAUAUAUUUCCAAACGAAGAUGUGCAAAACCCAAGAAUUAUUGAAGAAACAUUCUAUACUUCCAGUUUUAAAACUAUUGAAACUUCUUCGGAUGUAAAGGAAUUUUUAUCUGUCAAAGGUGAUUUGUCUCUUGGUAUCAAAGCUGGAAUGUUUACAUUCAGAGGAAUGGGCUCAUAUGUGAAGGACAGUAUCAACGCUCACAAUUCCGUGGACAUCCUAACCAAAGUUAGCUACAGAACAGUGUCUAGAAGUUUACCUCAUUCUGCCAAACCUGUACCUUAUUGGAAAAAAAUGGGAAAAGAAUAUCUUGGAACUCAUUAUGUGCAAAGUGUUCUCUACGGCGGGGAUCUCAUAGCUUGUAUACGUUUUAAGGCCUCCAAAGCAGAAUACCUUCAAGAUAUUCGAGCUACGAAUCAAGACAUCUUUGGAAGGUGGCAGUGCUUUAGACCUCGUAGGAGAAGGAAAACUGGAGACCUUGGAUAAAAAAUUAGAAAGUAAAGCAACAAUGGAAAUCAACUAUUUUGCUAAUGUUCCUCUGGAAGGCAUUCCCAACACCAUUACUGGACUCCGAGAUCUAGUUAGAAAUUUCGAGCAACAUGUCAAAAAAGUAAACAACGGCUGGGGUGUACCAGCUGAAGUGGAAUUGUCGGACCUAUCGAUGUAUGAUAGAGGUUUGCAUAUUAAAAAUGCAGCCUUAGAUGCAGAACUUCAAUUUUUUGAGGAGUAUUUUGAUGAUUUGUUAACAACUAAAUCACGCUUUAAUUCAUGGAUGCGAACUUUGCCAGAUGAACUCAAUCCAAAUGAUGAAAAAAUGAUUGCUGAUUUCAUUGGCCGGUUGUCCAAAAUUUUGCGAAAAUUCAUCGAAACCAUAUCGCAAUUAAAUUCUGAAAAAGGACCUGAGCAACUGAAUGGUGCUAAAAACGCAUACAAGGAGGGCAAAGGGUUAGGAAUGGCUGGAAAAUUCCGAAAGGAAUUAAACAAACUGAUGAAAAAAAUUGUUGUUCCAAAAACGCUCUUAGACGACCCAAGUGUUUCGAUUUACAUGCAUUAUGGAUCCAGCGAUUGUGCAGCUGUAGAAUCUGCUUCCACACUGUAUCCCGGAUAUUUAACUUCUUCAAUUCGUAAUUCAACAGGCAAUGGCUAUAAUUACCUAUGUUUACCUAAGUCUCCCGAUGAAAAUACUAUGAAAACGUACACAGGUGCGAAAAAUCAGAGCUUCCUAGCUGGAGUAAAGUAUGGAUUUAUGGAAAACAAGCCUUUCCCUUUUGAUGAUGAAGACACUAUGCUGAGGGGGGUCGUUUGUGCUGCUUGUUUGAUGAACGAGACGCAAACAGUGUUUACCUUCCAUGGUCAAAAAGAAUGCCCGGAUCAAGAAGGGUGGAGAGCAGUCUAUGGUGGUUAUCUUAUGUCUCCUACUGACGUAUCAAGAGGAGAGACGAUAUGCGUUGACAAAAAGCUUGAGUCUCAUGCGGAUAGUUAUAUGGGUUUCUACGAUCAGAGCCUUAAUUUUGUUUUGCGAAAGCAGGAAGGGGAGCUACUAUUUAUACCUUGUGUUGUAUGUGCUAAAUAAAUGUUAUUUUAAGAACCAUAUAUUGAGUAUUUACAUGUUUGAAAAUAUGGAUAAGCUUUUAGAAGUCCUUUGUUAAACGUAAAAUAAUUUAUUUGCAAUGCGUAGCAUUGUGUCGAUAUGGUGCCUACAUUAUGCAAAAUGAAAGUGCUCAAUAAAAAAUAUUACACUAAGAAA